GUGCGGUGGCAGCCAGGCAGAGUGCACCAUUCCCCACCCAGAUCCGCAGCAGACAGCCGGGAACAGACUCCGGUCCCGCUCGCAGACAAAUCUGCACCAGGUUUGAAAAAUCACUCGGACUGGCCGAAGUAAAACCUUAACAAACACAACUGCCUUUUGAAUCAAAGUCUGCAGGUUUGCAGUCCGCAGGCUGAUGAGGGGCACAGGCAAAGAUGGCUUGUAGGGGGCUGGGUGCCUUGGGUAUGCCCUUAGUUUCAGAGAUGAGGAGAAAGCAGUGAGGAUCAGCACCAGCCCUUUGGACAACAGGCAACUCAGCGGAGAAUGUCCUAUCAAGAUGAAUAUGGCUCAUUCAAGAAUUAACUCUCUACUCAUCUUCUACCUCAGUUUUUUGCUGCUCGUCCAUUUAAAAAAGUCCCUUUGCACGAGGAAUGAUUCCAGGUGCCUGUCAAACUCUUGCCAAAAGAACUCUACAUGCAUUACUGGUCAUAAAGACGACCCUUGCCGUUGUGCAGAAGCAUCAGUGGACAGCAUGGAGGAACUCUGUAAUAAAACCUCCAGUCCUUGCUCUUUAAACCCCUGUCUUCAAAAUGCUACCUGUUUGGGCUCUGCUGGAAACCUCAGCUUUACCUGUGAGUGCCCCUGUGAAGCCCCUGACAGCGCAUGUGACACAAAUCCUUGUGAGCACGGAGGCACCUGCCAAAACGGCCUGACUGGGCCCACCUGCCUGUGUAGUGCAGGAUACACAGGUACACUCUGCGAGAUGGAUCUGGAUGAAUGCGUUUCUGAACCGUGCCACAACGGAGCAGUGUGCAGGGAUGGGGUCGAUGAAUAUUCCUGCUACUGUGUCCCGGGCUACCAAGGCAAGCACUGUGACCUGGAAGUGAAUGAAUGUGUCUCAGAUCCGUGCCUGAAUGGGGCAACGUGUCUUAACCAGAUAGGACACUAUGACUGCGUCUGUCCGCUUGGGUACACAGGUACAAACUGUGAGCUGGAAAUAGAUGAGUGCUCAUCCCAGCCAUGCCUGAACGGUGCGACCUGCCACGAUCACCUGGGGAGCUUCUCCUGCUCCUGCCCACCGGGGUUCCUCGGAGAGCUCUGCGAAACCAACAUCGACGAGUGCGCCAGCCGGCCCUGCCUCCAGGGGGGACAGUGCAUGGAUGGUGCCAAUGGGUACAGCUGCAACUGUACCGGUACUGGAUUUAUGGGGCUGCACUGCGAGACCCUCGUUCCCUUAUGUUGGUCACAGCCUUGCUACAACAACGCCACCUGCGAGGACAACGCUGACAAUUACACGUGCCACUGUUGGCCAGGGUACGCGGGGUCCCGCUGCGAGGAGGACAUCGCCGAGUGCCGCAGCAGCCCCUGCCUCUCCGGCGGCCACUGCCUGGAGCGCUCCUGGGCCGGGCUCUACGGGCGCGUCCCGGGGCUGCCGCCGGCCUUCCGCUACGACCGGGCCGAGGGAUACAUCUGCCGCUGCCCGCCGGGAUUCGCCGGUACUCACUGUGAUGAAGACGUCAAUGAAUGUUACAUGAACCCUUGCCAAAAUGGUGGAAUCUGUGAGAAUUUUCCUGGGAAUUACACUUGCCAUUGCCCACCUGCAGACAAAGAAGGGAUUUUUUACGGUGGCUGGAACUGUACAGAAGUUCUUCAUGGCUGUACUGAUCAUCAAUGCCAAAACAACGGAAUCUGCAUCCCACAUUUAAAAAAUGGCCAACACGGAUUCAGCUGCAUAUGCUCACCUGGGUAUACUGGAAUACACUGUGAAACAACAACCACGUUUUCUUUUCAAGGAAACAGUUUCCUCUUGUUGAAGAAUCCCCUGACCCAUAAAAAGGAUUUUUUCUACAAUAUAAACCUGAGGUUUCAAACUGUGCAGCCAACUGCUUUUCUGUUUUACCGAGGGGAGAAAAGCACAUUUGCGAAGCUGGAGUUACUGAAUGGCUACUUACACUUAUCCGUGCAAGUCAAUAAUCAGCCACAGGCUCUUUUGCAUAUUCCACAUAAUGUCAGUGAUGGAGAGUGGCAUUCAGUGGAGGUAACCUUGGCAAGAGCUGUUAUUCUAAAUUUGCUUGACAGCUCUUGUGUAGAAUCAUGUCUCAAUAAAACGUCUGCUAAGAUAGAUAGCAAUCCUGCCAUGCUUGCAUUUCAGAGCACGUUUCUGGGCGGCUUACCAGUGGGGAACAUUAGCAGCAGCUCUCUGCCUAACACCUAUAAUAUACAUUCUGCACCUUCGUUUGUAGGCUGUCUUCAGGAUAUUGAAAUAGACUUGAACGUUAUUACUCCAGAGAAUGUAUCAUCCGAGUCAUCUUUAAAUGUCAGGACAGGAUGUGCUAAAAAGGACUGGUGUGACACCCACCCUUGUCAGAACAGGGGACGCUGCACCAACCUGUGGCUGAGCUACCAUUGUGACUGCUACCGGCCCUACAUGGGGCCAGACUGUGCAACAGAGUACAUUGCAGGCCGGUUUGGAUCUGAGGACUCCUCAGGCUAUGCUGCUUUUUCUGUUGAUGGCACUCAGAAUGAGAACUUCAUCAUAUCAAUGUUUGUCCGAACACGCAAGGCUUCUGGAUUGUUACUGGCUUUGAGAAACAGUACUUACGUCUACAUAAGAGUCUAUUUGGAAGGUGGGAAACUCACACUGUCAGCUCUAAAUUCCAUUAAGUUAUUAGGAAAACACUUUGUGAACGAUGGAAACUUUUACUUAAUAACAUUAAAAAUAGAACCAAAUAAGAUGGAACUGUUCCAGUCCUCUCACUACCUAGGCUUUAUAUCUACUCCACUACUAACCAUCCAAAGUAAGGAUAUUCUUUACAUUGGAGGCCUACCAGAUAACAAAGAAACUGAUAGAAAUGGCAGGUAUUUCAAAGGCUGUAUUCAAGAUGUAAGAGUGAAUAACCAGCCACUGGAAUUCUUUCCCAUCACCAAUCCACUGAAUUCUCUUAUCAACCGAACCCUUAUUAAUGUCACCCAAGGCUGCACUGGUGACAACCUCUGCAAGUCCAACCCUUGCCACAACGGUGGUGUGUGCUACUCAAUCUGGGAUGACUUCACUUGCACGUGCCCCCCCAACACAGUGGGGAAGGCAUGCGAGGAAGUUAAGUGGUGUGAGCUUGGGCCCUGUCCUCAUGAAGCACAAUGCCAGCUGGUGCACCAAGGAUUUGAAUGUCUUGCUAACGCAGUGUUUAGUGGCCGGAGCAGUGCGAUAUUUUACAGAAGCAAUGGAAAAAUCAGCAGAGACCUCACCAAUAUCGUAUUUGGCUUUCGAACUAGGGACACUGACGUGAUCCUGCUGUAUGCGGAGAAGGAGCCAGAGUUUGUUAUCAUCAGUAUUCACAACUCCAAGUUACUUUUUCAAUUGCAAAGCGGCAACAGCUUUUACAGGCUGACCCUGGCUAGUUCAGUGCCUGUGAGUGAUGGGAAAUGGCAUCAAGUGAUGGUCUCUAUGGUAGAGCCCCUGUCCCAGUCCUCUAGAUGGCACAUGGACAUAGAUAACAAAAGGGACACUGCAACUAGCACAGCUGCUGCAGGAACCCUCAACUUCUUAAGAGAAGACACAGACAUCUACGUGGCUGACAAGGCUUUUGACAGUCUGGAUGGCCUGCGAGGAUGUAUGAGCACCAUAGACAUCGGUGGCAUUUAUCUCCCAUACUUUGAAAACGCUGACAUCCCAACUAAAAAACCCCAAGAGGAGCAAUUUCUCAAAAUAUCUGCAAACGCUGCUCGUACUGGCUGUUUGCAGGUAGACAUCUGCAGCUCAUCUCCCUGUAUGCAUGAGGGGACAUGUGAAGACUUGUACACUUCCUACCGCUGCACAUGUCCUGAUGGAUACACUGGCACCCACUGCGAAGUUAACAUUGAUGACUGCUCCUCAAACCCCUGCGUUCAUGGAAACUGCACCGAUGGGGUCACCUCCUACGAGUGCAGCUGUGAACCUGGUUACACGGGGGAAAACUGUGAGGAGGACAUAGACAACUGCCUUGGCCACCAGUGUGCAAAUGGGGCCACUUGCGUUGAUGGGAUUGAUGGAUACUCCUGCCUGUGUGCUGCUAACUUCACUGGAAGAUUCUGCAGAUAUAGAAGAUUACCAUACACAGUUUGUGGGAACGAAGAGAGAAACCUCACAUGUUUCAACUACGGCAACUGCACCGACCUUGGCGGUGAGCUGACCUGUGCGUGCCUGCCGGGAUUCAUUGGAGAACGGUGUGAAAAGGACAUUGAUGAGUGCAGCUCUGACCCAUGUCUGAACGGGGGCCUCUGCCAGAACCUAAUCAACAAGUUCCAUUGCCUCUGCGACGUGAACUAUGCCGGGGAACGCUGUGAGAUAGAUUUGACAACUGGCUUGAUCUCGAACAUAUUCACCUCCAUUGGCUCAGUAACGCUGGCCUUGUUAUUGAUCCUCUUCUUGGCAGUUGUGGUUUCAGUCAUCGCUGCCAAUAAACGGGCGACCCAAGGGACCUACAGCCCCAGCCGGCAGGAAAAGGAGGGAUCCCGGGUGGAGAUGUGGAACAUGGUGCAGCCUCCACCAAUGGAAAGACUGAUUUAGAAGACAGCAAAAGUACUCCUCAAUCCUGGAAGAUGGCUGAAAGGGGACAGUGUACAUAUGUUAGAUACAUUAAUUUUCAUUCAGAUAUCAGGAAUGCUCAUUAUAAAUAUUGCAAUGACUUUGGGCUUUCACUGUUUGCCUUUCGAGUUCAAUAACACGAAAAUUCUUUUAGCAUUUAAGAGAACCAAUGACAUUUAUCAUUGCUUUGGACCAACCUGCCCAAGGACAAUUUUUAUUUGCACUAGAAACUCCAGCCUUGAUAAUCAGCAGUAGGCAUUACAGAGAGUAAUGGCUCCUGGGAUACACGUAAGUGCCUGUCUUGGGCACAGCACAUAUAACAGUUCCUCAUUCGUGCUCUCCUCUGACUGCCCAGGAAUCACCGCUGCAGAAGAUGAUGCAGACAAAUCAACCAAGCCUGUACAAUAAAGACAUUGUAAUUCUGCUAUCAAAGGGUUUAGUACUAGAGCCGUGCCUCAGCAUACCUACUUCCAUCUGUUAAUCAGGGAUUAAAAAGGAAGCUGUGCGAAAACUCUCCAAAAUAAAAGCUUCAAAUCAAAUUGUUUUUCUUUCCUCCAGUUCUUUCACUUUAUCUGCCAUUCCUCCACCUUGUACCAAAACGAAGGUGAAAUGAGUUUUUGUUUCCACAAAAGCCUGUAUUUCUGUGAGUAUAGAUGACUCUAUCCUAAAAUAUCCAGUGGGCACAACCCAACCUCUUAGGAGACACGGAAUCUAAACAUCCUAAACAAAUUGUGUGCAUCCACACUACCGCCUUUUUCCCAUUACAUUAUUACCUGCUGGUCCCUUUUUGAAAAUUAUUGCUUCUCACACUGCAAACAUGCAUUGGUUGCCAAAAAGCAUGCUUAGAAACAUCUCCCAGAGCUCACAGAAAAUAGCAGGAAAGAGACAGAAGUGGCCUACAGGUAAAACACUGGCUUGAAAAUAAUUACAGCAAAGCUGGUGCUUCUCCUGACACUCAGACUUCUCAUAUGAUCAUGGGAAAAUAAAUUUUUAUGUCUCAAUUUUCCUCUUUUAAAAGAGAUAAUCCCAUUUAACUACCUCAUAAACCUCAGCAGCACAAGGGUUGCUUUGUCGAAAAAGAAACAAAUGCAUAAAAGAUAAUGGAGAAGCCUGUAAGGUUGUAAUGGGAUAGACAUUUACAUAGAUGUAAUAUAAAUUACACUGAAAAAUAAUGGAAUGAAAUGGACAUUUGAUGCAAAGGAAUCUUGUAAUGAAAACAACAUCUGAAAAUGUAGGUUAAUGGUUGGACUCAAUGGUCUUAGAAGUGUUUUCCAGCCCUAACAAUUGUACCAAAUGUAUGUGCCAAAAACACACCCAAGUUAAAGGGGUUUUGGGAAUGUUGAGGGAAAUUUUAGCCAUAACUCAAGCAGGUUAUUUUCAGAUGGAGGCAAGAAAUUAAUGUACAAACAUUGUUCCCACACAAACUUAACCCACAAUAAAGAGGCGACAGAGCGAAAAGUCCAUGACAGCAUUUCCUUCUUCCUGCACUGAAGCUCACAUGUUCCUGCAGUUGUGAAACAUCCCAGACAGAUAGAUCAAGCCCCAGGUGAUUAUUACAGGAGUUGCAUAAUAGAGUAUGCACAUUCAAUAUCCAAGAAUUUAACUCAUCUUUUUAAUUAAUGAUCAAUUCAUAAUUCAUUUUGAAUGAGCCCCUUAAGGGAUUACUGAAGAUCAAUGCCACUCACAUUUAUUUUUGUAUAAGAUGAAUAGCAGUAACUAUGAUAGUAAGCACAUUCAGGAUUUUUUGCAGUCCUCACCAAUAUCUUUCAAAACAAGGGCCUACAGAAAACAUGAGUAGAUGGCUGGAUUCACGCCAAGUUUAGAAGCACAGAAUGUAGUCAGAGCAAAAAUGCACAACAGAUUUUAUUCUAGCCCAAUUUACAGCUUUACUACUGAAGCUUAUUAUAUUAAAUGCAAUUGCUGUACAGCUGCAGUCUAAAUUCAGAGAGUUCAAAUGACAACUAAGGAAAGAAUGGAAAAAUAAGUUACUAAAAUUAUGACAAGAGAGAGCAAAAAAUCAGGAUAGAUCUUUUCAAAACAUAUCUUCAUGCAGUAGGUUUUAAUUGAAACUUUUGAUUUAACCCAGCUUUUGCCCUAUGAGACACUGCUGAGGCAUAAUAAAGAAUAACAUGAAGUUAAUUAGGUGUGAUUAUUUCUAGAAAGAUACAUAAACACUGGGGAAGAAAAAAGAAAUUAACUCAAAGAGUGUACAGUUUGAGGCAGAAAAUACCAACUAAAAGGGACAGAAAAGAACAGUGUGUGAGGACGAGAGACCACAAGAGAACCGAGAGCGAUUACUGUGGACUCCUAAACACACGGCACAAAAAAGCUGCAAGAGACCCAAAGGCAAGGCCAACUCUGCCUAAAAAGUGGCCAAGUGGGCAGAGGCACAGGAUGCUGUAGUAACAUGAGGGCAAGCAGUGUGUGAGUGGAGAG